GAGGGGGCGGUCCCAGCUCUGAUUGGACAGACACGCUGUUACGCAGUGACGUGUGGGGCCGACAGGUAGAGGGCAGGGGCAAGAUGGCGGCUGCCGCAGGGGCACUGAGGAGGCUGGUGCGGUGCGGGCCCCAGCAGGGCCUGGGGCGGCGGCUGCAGCUGCGCAGCGGGAUUCACGGCUCCGCGCCGGCGGCCGUCCAGGUGACGGUCCGUGAUGCAUUGAAUCAGGCAUUAGAUGAGGAGCUGGAGAGGGAUGAGAGAGUAUUUUUGUUGGGAGAGGAAGUCGCCCAAUAUGAUGGUGCAUACAAGAUUAGCAGAGGUCUCUGGAAGAAAUAUGGAGACAAGAGAAUAAUAGAUACUCCUAUAUCAGAGAUGGGCUUUACAGGAAUUGCUGUAGGUGCUGCUAUGGCUGGGUUGAGGCCGAUUUGUGAGUUCAUGACCUUCAACUUCUCCAUGCAAGCAAUUGAUCAAGUUAUAAAUUCUGCUGGCAAGACACUUUACAUGUCUGCAGGCAUGGUGCCUGUCCCAGUUGUCUUCAGAGGUCCCAACGGUGCCUCAGCUGGAGUAGGAGCACAACAUUCACAGUGCUUUGCUGCUUGGUAUGGGCAUUGUCCUGGACUGAAAGUAGUCAGCCCUUGGAGUUCAGAGGAUGCUAAAGGUCUGCUUAAAGCAUCAGUUCGGGAUGACAAUCCAGUUGUGAUGCUGGAAAAUGAAUUGAUGUAUGGAGUCCCUUUUGAAAUGGCAGAAGAAGCUCAAUCAAAGGACUUUCUUGUUCCUAUUGGAAAAGCCAAAAUAGAAAGGCAAGGAACCCAUGUUACUUUAGUGUCACACUCCAGAUCUGUUGGACACUGUCUGGAAGCAGCUGCUGUACUUGUCAAAGAAGGUGUGGAGUGUGAGGUGAUAAACCUCCGUACCAUUAGACCAAUGGAUGUGGAAAGUAUAGAAGCCAGUGUUGUGAAGACAAACCAUCUUAUAACAGUGGAAGGAGGCUGGCCACAAUUUGGAGUAGGAGCAGAAAUUUGUGCUAGGAUCAUGGAAGGACCUGCCUUUAAUUAUUUAGAUGCUCCAGCUGUGCGUCUCACAGGUGCAGAUGUUCCUAUGCCUUAUGCAAAGAUUUUGGAAGAGAACUGCUUACCUCAAGUGAAAGAUAUCAUAUUUGCAGUGAAGAAAGUGUUAAAUAUCUAGGUUGUAUAUACAGCAUGCCCUUGCAACAUGUGUGUCUUAAGAAGAGCAUUAAUGGAACGGACUACAACCAUGUAUUCAUAACAAUGUUAUAUAGCUCUGUUGACCUCUUUGUACUGAGGGAAAGGUUUAGGUGACCUUUUAAAUGUAUUUAAUCUGUGUU